AUGUUCACCUGCAUAUCAUGCCGAAUCGCUUUCGAGACCGCUGAAGAACAGCGUUCCCAUUUCGGGACUGACUGGCAUCGCUACAACAUGAAGCGUCGAGUGGCGAACCUUCCUCCUGUCGCCGCUCAGGCCUUCAAUGAAAAGGUCAUCGAGCGCCGUGAGCAAAACGCUGUGCGGCCAGACCCAAGGGGCAUGUUUUGCUCGUCUUGCAACAAGGCAUUCUCGUCUGAGAACUCAUUCCGCUCUCACGUCCUGUCCAAGAAGCACCGGGAUCGCGAGGCUAGUCUGGCACGCGACACUUUACACCAAGCCGACCAAGGCCCGUCGGCAGCACCCCUGCUGGACAAUGUUGGUCACGAGGGGAACCACGAGGGCGACGUAGCCAUGUGGCCAAGCAGUGGCGCGGAGGUGAUGUCUGGCGAAGGCGUCGACAGCGAUUUGGACAACGAUGUGGAUUCGGAUGCCGAAGCCGACGCCGACAGCGACAUCGAGGCUCGUAUCGCAGCAUCGCGGCGGCGCAUCAACCCAAACGACUGUCUGUUCUGCAACCAUCGGUCCACAGAUGCCCAGAGCAACCUGGAGCACAUGUCACGAGCGCAUAGUUUCUUCGUCCCCGACCGCGACCUUCUUAUUGACCUGAGCGGACUGCUUGCGUAUCUUGGUGAGAAGGUGGCAAUUGGAAACUUGUGCUUGUUCUGCCCGAAUGGCGGAAAGGAAUUUAGCAGUCUCGCCGCCGUCCGCAAGCACAUGAUCGACAAGGCCCACUGCAAGAUCGCUUACGAAACUGAGGAAGAUCGUGUCGAGCUGGCUGAUUUCUACGAUUUCGGGGGCGGCCUCGCGUCGGACCAGUCUGAGUGGGAAGAUGUUGACGAGGAUGGAGGCGAUGAUGCGUUUGGCGUGGAGGUGCCACGCAUUGCAGGUGAUGGUCUGUCCUUGGUGCUACCGUCGGGUCGUGUUCUUGGUCAUCGCUCCCUCAAGGUGUAUUACGCUCAGCGACUGCGCGGUGCGCCAAUGGACUCGGACGAUCCUGUUCGCGCGAAGGUCGCUGCCGUUCGUCAGCGUCUCGCAGAUCCGAGCGCUGCUUUGGUUCCGGUGGCUGGUGGCCAUGGUGCCUUUGGGCGCGGCCUCGAUGUGGUCAAAGCGCGCAACGCCGGGGAGGCUAACUGGGCGAAGAAGCAGGGCAAGUCUUUCAAGGACCAGAAGGCAAGGGAGCACUUCCGCACCAAGAUCGGCUUCCGCCACAACAGCCAAAAGCACUUCAGGGACCCCCUCCUUCAGUAG